CAGGAUGAUGCCGAAGCGAGGAGCACCGACAAAGUCGAGGCAGCCGCCGCGGCCGUCCGCCGCCAAGGCUUCGUCCCAUCAAAAGUACCGACCGCAAUGGAACGAGUACUUGACGGAUUCAUCAACGUACCAGUUGAACCAAGACCAAAAGCUUCAAAAACGGAUCCAAAUGCUCACCAAGAUCCCGACCGAGGUUUCGGCGCCGAGGCAGCCCUUGGCUCCGCCCACGAAAGCGAAGCUCCACAACAACGUCCAAAUGCCGUCACGCAAGCCAGCCGUUCCCCGCGCGAACGUUGCCCCUCUUCCACUAGCCUCCCAGGACAAGAGGAGCCUUCCGCGUGUGAAUUUUGACGACGAACUGCGAGCGUUUGCGAGGGAGUCUACUAGUUCUGUCGCUGCGGCCGAGACACAAAAGCAACACCUUCAGAAAGAACUCGACCGCAUGGACGUCAUGCUGGCGUCGUUGGAAUUACAAGCGGAUGAAAUCAGCGGGGUCAUGGAACCCCGAAGUCUUGAGGCUCCCACAAGCAGCCCCGACAGCAACCCCGACAACAAUUCCACCGUCGACAUGACCGACACCACCUUCCACCAUCACGAGGACAACGAUCAAGAUGAUAGUGUACUUGCCACGCCGUCCCCCACCGUCGCACCGACAUCUCCCAUUGACCACGAUGUGGUGGACCUUCUGCACCAGUUUUCCGUCCAACUCCACGAGGAGCGGCAAGCGCGGGAAAGCCAAGACGCGAUCAUUCGUCAACUCCAACAUACGUUGCAGGACGUGAUGCAGUCGCAUGCGCAUCUUCGAGAUGACUUUAACCGGGCGGUCAAGCACAUUGUAAAGCUCAAAGCCGUCGUAGUGAACCUCCGCCACACUGUCCACGAUGUUGAAGACAUGAUGGCGGCCGCUUCCGUGCCUUCUCCUGGUUCGUUGGAACACUACCAUCAUCAUCCAGACAUGGCAAGGGACGUGACCGUUGUGGAUAACCCGACGACGCAUGUACUAUCUCCUCAACAGACGACGACAACUCCUCCAUCACACAAGCUGGCUUGUGCAGUCCAUGAGGCCGACGGAAAGCGCGGGCAGCCAAACAGCUCGGCGUUAGCCCCCAACAACAACCAAGACACAAACGACUUUCCACCUGGAGUUAUUGUUCCUUCCACUGAAGUCGGUGGUGGCAGGGCAGCCGAGUCGACGACGUCCACUGCACAUACACGGCAUGUUGGGUUUCAUUCUCGAGCCAAAUGGACCAGCGGCCAACAUGCAGCAGACGCAGUCUUCAUUGACGACGAGCAGCCGCAAGAGCAAAGGCCGAUGAUGCCCUCACGACACACGGACGACGUGCGGCGACGAGAGUCCGUGUCGAUACGACAUGCCAUGCGCACGUAGUAGUAGUACUACGUACUUAAGUAGUAGUACUAUUAUAGUAUUAAUAGUAAUUGAUAAGGACAGUCUGUACAG